CGCAGCAUUCCUUGAAAUCGGAUAGGUGAAAUAAUCUGCAAUGUACAGCAGAGCUAUUACGUAUCUGGAUCGUCCAAAACACAAGCUUUCAGAAAUGUGCACAGUUUCUACAGGUUUUGCAUUCGCUUUAGAGUUCCUAUAAGAAUCGCAGUCCUUCUUUUACGCGAACUUGUGAGAAGCCUGCGUGAGCAACAACUGUCAUUGCAGAGAUACAGUCCGUGCAUUAGGCACCAGUAUUUUAGACAGAGGCCACGCAAAUGUAGCUAUAUGAAUAAAUGGCGCAAAAAUAGCUAUGUUUAUGAAAAAAGGCGCGUGCUUUGAGACAACAACGUCUGUUUUUUUGUGUGUUGUGUGAGAACCAAUUAUGUUCAUUCACACACAUUCUUAGUUCGUUUCGUCUUGCUCACAAAAUUUGCUUCAUUAAGCUUACGAUGAUGAGCGCGAAAUUGAGAAAUCCAAAAACAGCGAGCUCUUGCGCGAAGUUACCGCUCGAUGUGACUGACAUUCCUUCGGUGCGUGCGCUGUCCUGUGGAACCAAUACUUCAGUUUCCAUAUUUGUUGCAUAUGUGUUUAUUAUUGUUUUUAGGUCACCAGGGGUAAGUAUCCUCAAAAUAUACUCUUUGCAACCAGUAAUAAGGGUGCGCUUUGCUGUGUAAUUCCACUACUUUGCAGCUCCAAAAGCAAGACGCUAGUAAUAGGUGGUGUAGCCUUGUUCCUCUUGGUGGCUGGUUGCGCAAUCGCUGUGAUUGUCGGAGUCUAUAUGCCUGGCGGCGAAAAGGAUGAAGAGGGCAAAGAAAGUGCAGGAGUAGAAGCUGUUGGUGGUGAUGAUUCGGGUGAAUCCCAGUAUUUCCCGGCUAAUGACGCUGUCAGCACAGUCCCUGACACUCUGAUGCCUUCAACACCAGAACUCACGACCACGUCUACUACAACGUCAAGUGAAGCAACAACUACAAGCCAACAGUCAUCUACAACUCAGUCUACAAUCAGCACUACAAAAAACAUGACGACCACGAACCCCACGACAACCACAACAACCACAACCAGCGCAACGGCCACGACGACCACGACCACGACCACAUUUCGUCCCAUUACGGUUACCUUCGUCGGCGAUGCGAGUUACGGGACAUUCACCGAACCUCAGUUCAUCAGAUACGCUCAAAGCAUGCUCAAUUUGAUGAACGCAUUUUUCGCAUCGGUGAACGCAAGAAUUAAAACGAAGGUGCACAAGACAUUUGUGAUGACGAAGGAGCAGGAGAAAAAGUAUUUACCAGUGAUAUCGUGGCUGAUUGAGCCGACAGUUCACGAUGACCGCGUUGAAGUACUGCCAGGACUGAUUGACGAAAAUGUCGGCGUCAAGGAAGCGGACCUGGUAUUUGUGCUGACACAAAAACUAAUACUUGGUUCCAAGUUCGUUAACCGUUACGGUAUGCUUCUCAAUUACUCCCAAAUGUGCGAACGCGACAAGUUUGCUCUCUUCACUGACGACCCAGGGUCAUAUCAAGCAACCCUACGAAUGACAGACCUCUUCCUCAAAGUCCUAACACCGCCAAACACCUGCUCCGGCGAUCUGCACACUGCAUGUGUCUACGGCCAACUGAGAGACGCACAUGACAAGAUCCUUGUAAGUUCCAAGUGUCACACAUCGCCCGAAACAUUUGUGGCACCAACGUUCUCAGGAAUGGUUCGGAUGAAUCUCACAAAGUUAUGCUCCUCAAUGUACGCCGUGCUCCUUGAGAAUCAAUUUCAACUUACAAAUCAGUGCACAGUUGUUUGCAAUCUUGAAGAUGUAAGAGUUCCAUUCCUUGGUAUCUGCCCAGCUGUGCAAGAAAGUUCACAUCGCUGCUACGACAAAGAUGAUCAGAUAUGUUUCUUCCAUACCUGUGGUAUGAAAUACAGCGACGUGAAGGCUCUGGCACGCAAAUACUGGAAUAUGGGGGACUCCUAUUACAAAGACGACGAGAUCUGUGCAGCUCCAUAGACAUCAAGAAGAACGUCGGACGGACUUCCCUUUAGUGUUGAUGAACUUCAUUUUGAUCACGUACAGAAGAACAGUUGUUCACUAUCUUAGUCCCAUAAACGAUUUCAACAGUGUCA